GAGGGAGAGUGGGGUAAGGUUUAACAGAAAAAUCCGUUGGUCCGAGGAGCGUGUACAUAUAAAUCAGUCCUUCGAAACUAGAACAAAGAAAGUUGUAAAAUAAAACAUGGUGAUGUUUUUGGGUUUGGGUUCAAGUAAUUAUAAUAACCGAAUGUGGUGGGCUUCAUCAUCCCUAUCCUAUGUUUUCAAAAGUUAUCCGAUCAUGAGUGAAAGAGAUAUCCUAUUCCUUUUAUUUUAUAACAAUAAAUUUUAUCAUUUUCAUCCUCUUAUUCUAUUUUUCCUUUUCAGAUUUAUUGUUUUGUCAAAAGGUUAAUCUAAUUACAAUCGUACAUACGGUUUAUCGCAGGCGCAAUAAGUCAAUAACAACAACGUGGGAGGGUUUUUAAUGUUGCUAUUGAAAUCGUAACAUUUUAUUUGUUUGGUUACUUUGACUGACCCAAUUGGUUGUGGUGUGGAGGGUUAGAACUUAGAAUGUGUUUUGGACUGUGCCAAGACACAAAAAGGUCUCCGUGAUAUAUAUAUAUUUUUUCAUUUAACACGCUUUUUAUCUUUAUUAUCAAUAUUUUUUUCGAAUUUUAAAUGGGUUUUUGGUUUGGUGGAUGAUAGAGCGAUUUCAGAGGUUUAUUUGUUCUAAUGUUGGUCAUACUUUAGGGUUCCUCAAUUUUCUUUCUUCCUUGUUUUUGGGCAUUGUUUCCAUUGAGGGGGCGUGAAUUUUCCUUUUGAUUUCUCGCCAAGUUGUGGAUUUUACCUGGUUUAGACCAUUCGGGUCGCUGAUUCUCGCCUCACUUUGAUCUGGGUCGCUGCCUUUUCACGUUUCUGUUGUUAUUCCCGAUUCCUGGGUUGGCAGAGGGACAAAGGCGAAAACUUUCAUUCUUAUCUUCUUUCUGGCUGGAUUUGUAAUCUUGGAGAGUUGUUUGGGUGUCCUCUGGAUUUUGAUUUUGAUAGUAGAAGUGUCGUUAGCGGCAUUGGGUUGGGGGUGGGAAGAUAGGCUAGUGAGGAGAGCAGGAGCUAUUACAGUAGUGUGCUCUCAGUUGUUAGAAUUGGUGUUACUGUCAUUUUUUUCUGGAACAUAUCUGGAAAAGUUUGGUUCUGUCAUGCAUACAUGAUGUUCCAUUCUCAGGGUACAUCAAGACAUUGUAGUCUCCUUGCUGUCCUGAGUGGAAAAUCAUGUGACAAAAAGCAAAAGCAGAAGCAAGGUGACGAUGCUUCUGAGGACCAAUCCCCAUACCCCUUUCCAGAGCUUUCUUCCUCUGGGCGUCUUGAGGUGAAAGUAUUGACCAAACCUACGGCUGAUGAACUCGGUCGCGUUCUUGAACAACUGCAGCCGGAUUUUGUUUAUCUGCAAGGGGAGCAGAUAGAAGAUAAGGGAGAAAUUGGGUCUCUUGUAUUGGAAGAUUUUGACCUGUCUAUCCCAGAAGCCUUAUGUGGAUUAUUUUCUUCCAAAUUACCUAAUACUGUUUAUUUGGAAACUCCUGGGGGAGAAAAAUUGGCAGAGGCACUCCAUUUUAAGGGAGUUCCAUAUACUAUCUAUUGGAAAAAUGAGAUUUCAAAGUACGCAGCUUCACAUUUUCAUCAAGCCUUUUUCUCAGUGGCACAGAGUACAUCCAGCCAUACAUGGGAUGCUUUCCAGCUUGCUCUUGCAUCUUUUAGACUAUACUGUGUACAAAACAAUGUCUUACCUUCUAACAGCCAGAAGGGUGGUGAUAAGCUUGGGCCACAAAUUCUUGGGGACCCUCCCAACAUUGAUGUUAGUCCAUGUGAAGCAGACAUGAAGGAAGAGGAAAGUUCACCUGGGUCUAUUUCUGCUGUAAAGAUAUAUGAUGAUGAUGUGAACAUGAGAUUUCUUGUUUGUGGAGUUCCCUGCACAUUGGAUGCUUGUUUAUUGGGGUCAUUAGAGGAUGGACUCAGUGCGCUCCUAUGCACAGAAAUACGUGGAUGUAAACUUAACAACCGGACAAGUGCUCCACCACCACCUCUCCAGGCCGGAACAUUCUCACGUGGUGUGGUGACCAUGCGUUGUGAUAUAUCCACAUGUAGUUCUGCUCAUAUAUCACUUUUGGUGUCUGGUAGUGCAGAUACUUGUUUUAAUGAUCAGCUUUUGGAGAAUCAUAUUAAAAAGGAGCUCAUUGAGAACAGUCAACUUGUCCAGGCAUUUCCUAAUCAUGAACAAAGCAAAUUACCUUCCACCGAACCACGAAGAUCUGCCUCAGUAGCAUGUGGAUCUAGUGUGUUUGAAGUUUGUAUGCGAGUUCCUACAUGGGCUUCACAGGUUCUGAGGCAGCUUGCACCAAAUGUAUCAUACCGCAGCCUAGUUAUGUUGGGAGUUGCCAGUGUACAAGGAUUACCAGUUGCAUCUUUUAAUAAAGAUGAUGCUGAACGUCUCCUUUUCUUUUGUAGUAGGCAGGAGAAAGAAAACUCUACUAACGAUCCUGUUUUCUCUGGGUAUCCUAGCUGGCUGAUGCCUCCAGCACCUAGUCGAAAAAGAUCCGAGCCAUGCUCCAGAACUAAGUCUAUUAAUGCUAAUGGUGUGGAAGUUGAAAAUAUUGGCAAUAAUAGACAGAAAUUUAAUAUUGCUACUAUGAGGCCAAUCCCUCAUGCUCAUCGUCACAAGAUUCUUCCUUUUUCUGGAUUGUCUCAAGGUGAAAGAUAUGAUGGAGAACAUGGAAAAUCAAAUCAGCUACUUCCUCCUAUUAAGCAUAAUGUUUUAGGCCCUAAUUCAGUUACACAUAAGAAAUCUGUGUCAAACUCAUUUCAAGCUCACCAGAUUAUUUCUUUGAAUCCACUACCUAUGAAAAAGCAUGGUUGUGACAGAGCUCCAAUACGAGUUUGCUCAGAGGAGGAAUUCCUGAGGGAUGUAAUGCAGUUUCUGAUCCUUCGAGGGCAUACUCGUCUAAUUCCGCAAGGUGGGCUUGCCGAGUUCCCUGAUGCCAUUCUAAAUGCAAAACGCCUUGACCUUUUCAACUUGUAUAGAGAGGUGGUUUCAAGAGGAGGCUUUCAUGUUGGGAAUGGUAUCAAUUGGAAAGGACAAGUUUUCUCCAAGAUGAGCAAUCACACUCUGACAAAUAGAAUGACCGGUGUUGGCAAUACACUCAAAAGACAUUACGAAACUUAUCUUUUAGAAUAUGAAUUAGCUCACGAUGACGUAGAUGGAGAGUGCUGCUUAUUGUGUCACAGUAGUGCAGCAGGUGACUGGGUGAACUGUGGUAUAUGUGGUGAGUGGGCUCACUUUGGCUGUGAUAGGAGGCAGGGACUUGGAGCAUUUAAGGACUAUGCAAAAACUGAUGGGCUGGAGUACGUUUGUCCUCACUGCAGCAUAUCAAAUUUCAGUAAAAAAUCCCAUAAAACUGCAAAUGGUUAUUAACAGGUCAAGCGAUGCUGUCUCUUUCCCAGAGAAAAUAAAUGUACAUGGCAAGUGUUGACAAAUUUACUUACACAUCCUUCUUCUGUGCUUGGACUCUAAUGUCUCUCAUUUGGUAAGGGUAGGUUCUAAGGAGUGUGAUUAUUUCACUUAUGUUAAUGCUUUGGAGUUUUGACAUAUCAUAGUCACAAAAAGGGUCGUCAAAGUUUUCUAGCUUCACUAAUAUAUAUACUCAGAAAGAAAUCCAGGAAAAAGAUUCGUAGAAUGAAUGAUUUCCCUCAAACUUAAUUAGUUUACUUCUCAAGAGGCAGAGAUUGUAAUAUAUUCCAUAUUGCUAGUAAUGUAAGUCAUUAGU